CUCCCGCCCCAGUCUGCGGGCCUCCCGGGCAGCGGCGGGGCCGGAGCGGCGCGGACGCGGGGACAAGACCGGGGCAGGAGGGACCCGGCCGGCGCGGCAAGAUGCUCUCCUGGCGGCUGCACACGGGCCCCGAGAAGGCCGAGCUGCAGGAGCUCAACGCGCGGCUCUACGACUACGUGUGCCGGGUGCGGGAGCUGGAGCGCGAAAACCUGCUCCUGGAGGAGGAGCUGCGCGGCCGGCGCGGGCAGGAGGCCUUGUGGGCCGAGGGGCAGGCCCGCUUCGCCGAGGAGGCGCGCGGCUUGCGGCAGCAGCUGGACGAGCUGAGUUGGGCCACGGCGCUGGCCGCGGGCGAGCGCGACGCGCUGCGGCGCGAGCUGUGGGAGCUGCGGCGGCUGGGCGACGAGGAGCGCGCGGCCCGCGGCCGCCUGGACGCCGAGCUGGGCGCGCAGCGGCGCGAGCUGCAGGAGGCGCUGGGCGCGCGCGCCGCCCUCGAGGAGCUGCUGGGCCGUCUGCGGGCCGAGCGCCGCGGCCUCGAGGCGGCCCACGAGCAGGACGUGCGGGAGCUGCGCGCGCGCGCCGCCCGCCUGACCCUGAGCUACCGCGCCCGCGCCCCCGGCCCCGGCCCCGGCCCCGGCCCCGCCGCGCCCCCGCCGCGCCUGCGGGAGGUGCGCGACGGCUACGCGCUGCUGGUGGCCGAGGCGUGGCGGGAGACGGCGCGGCUGUACGAGGACGAGGUGCGCGGGCUGGAGGAGGCGCUGCGGCGCGGCCAGGAGAGCCGGCGCGAGGCCGAGGAGGAGACGCGGCUGUGCGCGCAGGAGGCCGAGGCGCUGAGGCGCGAGGCGCUGGAGCUGGAGCGGCUGCGCGCGCUGCUGGAGCAGGAGCUGCUGCGGGUGCGGGGGGAGUACGAGCUGCAGGCGGAGGAGCGGCAGAGAGUGAUCGCCUGCCUGGAGGAUGAGAAGGCGGCCCUCACCUUGGCCAUGGCUGAUCGGCUGCGGGAGUAUCAGGAGCUUGUGCAGGUGAAGAAUGGCCUCAGCCUGGAGGUGGCCACGUAUCGAGCCUUACUGGAAGGAGAGAGUGAUCCAGAGAUAUUGAUCUUGACUGAAUGCAUUGAAAACAUGCCGCAAGAGCUCAGGAGCACGCCCUAUCGAUACACCAACACGAUGUUACAGAAGGAAAAUGAAAGGAAUCUGUUUGCGAGGCAGAAAGCCCUGGCGGCCAGCUUCAGCCACAGCCCAGUGCGGCGCUCUCACCUGGUGCCACAGUCCACCGUGGGAAGUGCUGCCGGAAGAGGCUUCCUAGGCUCAGAAUAUUCUUCCCGUACCACCAGCCGGCAGGAAACAACUUACGAAAAAGCUACCAACUCUCAUGAGAAAACUGCCAAGGGUCACACCAGCUUCAGAACUUUCUCUCCCACGCGUGGUCUUUUAAGAGAUACAGAAGCUCCCGUGAAAACAUUCCCCGAUAGGCCCAGGACUGCGGGUACGAAAGAUGCCUCCACUCCUGAAGCCAAAGAGCCUGCCAAUGCCCAAAAGUCCUCCCGAGAAUGCCGGGAUGAUGUGUCAGCAGGUGCUUCCAGAAGCACCUGGUCAAGCGAGAGGACCGUCAUUGUGGGACAGAAGACAGAAGCUAAUGCCAUGAGGGAGCAAGACAGAAACAGGCCAGGAGCUGUCCAGAUGAAGCGAGAAGAGAAAAUGUUCGAUUCCAAGGAGAGGGCUUCAGAGGAGAGAAACCUACGGUGGGAAGAGCUGACAAAGUUAGAUAAAGAAGCAAGAACGAGAGAGAGCCAGCAACUGAGAGAUAAGGAGAGAGGGAAGGAGCCAGUGAAGGAAAAAAGUGCAAGAGAAAGAGAGGUGCCGAUCAGUCUAGAAGUCUCCCGGGAUAGCUCACCACAGGCGGCCCGGAGAACUUUGCAGACGCUGCUGCAGGAGGACGCACGUGACGGUGUGGGGACCCAGGAGGCCCGCUCCAGGCUGGGCCCCGGUGUCCCCACCAGCUCCCUGAAAGGCGAGUCCACCACCGAAACCGUGGCUGAAAACAUCGUGUCCAGUAUCCUGAAGCAGUUUACCCAGUCUCCGGAUACAGAGGCAUCUGCCACUUCUUUUCCAGACACGAAGGUCACGUACAUGGACAGGAAAGAGCUCCCCGGGGACAGGAAAACUAAGACCGAGAUCGUUGUGGAGUCGAGGCUGACGGAGGAGGUGGACGUUUCAGACGAAGCUGGCCUGGACUACCUUCUGAGCAAGAAUGUGAAGGAGGUGGACAUGAAAGGGAAGUCGGCCGAGCGGAUGCUAGGAGACAUAAUCAACCUGGGGCUGAAGGGAAGAGAGGGGAGGGCCAAGGUGGUCAACGUGGAGAUCAUUGAGGAACCCAUGAGCUAUGUCAGUGGUGAGAAGGCAGAGUUUUCUACCCCAUUCGAAGUGGAGGAGGUGGAUGACAUGUCUCCCGCCUCCAAGGGGCUCGUUGAGGAAGAAGAGAGUUAUGGAGAAGCGGACGUCACGGUCUCUGGUCGUCAGCAUAAGAAGACCAAGCGGCCUCCUGAGAAUGAAACCCGAGUUGAAGAAGUCAUGGAGGCCAGUGACUCGGAGGGAGGAGAACAGAGUUAUUUUGUGUCAACACCAGAUGAGCACCCCGGGGCGCAGGACAGGGAUGAGGGCUCCGUGUAUGGGCAGAUCCACAUCGAAGAGGAAUCCACCAUCAGGUACUCUUGGCAAGACGAGAUUGUGCCAGGGACUCGGAGAAGGAUCCAGAAGGAUGCUGUGUCGGGGGAGGCAGUCGUGAAGCCAGCGGAUGUCUUUGAACCCUCUCAUGGGGAGGACGUGGGCUUUAUUCACUGGACGGAACAGGUUAGAAGUGGUGAAUUUCAUGCCGAACCCACCAUCAUUGAGAAGGAGAUCCAGAUACCACCUGAGUUCCACACGUCCAUCCAGGGGGCCGCCAAGGAACCCAGACGCCAGCUGGUAGAGGUGAUCGGGCAGCUGGAAGAAAGCCUUCCGGAGCGCAUGAAGGAGGAGCUCUCUGCCCUCACCAGAGACAGUCAGGGCGGCCCGGAGAACGUCUCUGUCGAUGUAAAGAAAGUCCACACCGCUGGUGGUAGGUCCGUGACCUUGGUUGCCCAAGUCAACCUCUCGAAAACCGUGGACGCCAAUCAGCUAGACCUGGAGGAGCUGAGCAGAGAUGAGGCCGGGGAAAUCGAGAAGGCCGUGGAGUCAGUGGUACGGGACAGCUUGGCCAGGCCGCCCGGAAGCCCGGACAGGGAGAGUGCAGCCGAGGUCCCGGCCGCUGGCCUUGGCUUCAAGCGCUGGGCCACCCAGGAACUGUACCGCCCCUCCGGGGAGGGGGACCGGGCCGGCCCGGCCUCUCCCGGCACCGAGGCCGCCGUGCCCCAGGGCCCCGUGUCAGCCACCGUGGAGGUCACCAGCCCGAGGGGCUUCGGCCAGUCACACGUGCUAGAGGAUGUCAGCCGCUCUGUCAGGCGAGUCACAGUAGGCCCCGCCGGAGUCUGGAGGACGGAGCAAGUCUCUCGAGAAGGACCCACUGCGCAGGUGGUGGAGGUGGAUGUGAGCGAUGCAGAGGCGACCCCCCGCUGGACGCAAGAGACCACAGUCUUCUUCCCAGGGGGGACAGAAGCGGCAGUGCAGGGCGCCCCUGACCCCGGUGCCUGGAGGGACGUGGGUGGGGCAAGCGCCUGGGUGGCCAGUGUGAGUUUCCAGGGCUCUGCCGGGGAUGGACGCCAGGUCCCCGGAGACCAGGCCAAGGAGCAGGCUGAGUUUGACAAGACGGUGCAGCUCCAGAGGAUGGUUGACCAAAGGUCGGUGAUUUCGGAUGAAAAGAAAGUUGCCCUCCUCUAUCUAGACAACCAGGAGGAGGAGAGUGAGGGACACUGGUUUUGAGACGUAUGUUGUUUUCCCGAGGUUACUUACCUGGUAACGGGGCAGCACACAAAGGCCUUUACUAAUUUGAAGGAGCGGGGCUCACUCAUGUAUUAAGGCUCCUUUUGUUUCUCCAAAGGGCGCUCUGGGCUCUGUCAAUUUACUUAAUAAUCUGCAAAGUUUGCAAAUCAACUCACGCCAUUGAAGGCGUUGGGAGUUUCAUUUUUGAGGCGGAACUUGGAACAAAAUUAGUUUUUAUGGCUUCAGUCUUAGAAGUUCCUUCUCCUGGACCAGAGUCUCUCCACUCCUAGAGACAAUUUCUACCAGUUUUGCUCCUGGUCACAGAAAUGCCUCGCAUCUGUCUGAAAUCACAAUUAACUAUCUGUAGGUAAGAGGUCUUUAUGGUAACAAGAUCAAAAUAUAUUUACGAGUCCAUCUUGCAUGUGCGAAUACGAAAUAACAAAUAACCUUUAAAAGGAAAAAUGCAUACAUUUUUUCUCUUCUAAGUCUUCUCAAAAAGAAUCCUCGGAAGGAGGCAGAUUGCUUCUUCUAUUAAAAAAAUAAAUUCUAAAUGAUUUUUAUCUUUAGGAGAAAGUUAAAUUCACUUUAAGACCCAAAUGAAUUGCUUUCUAUGUGUAGAGCUUUAAAAAAAUAUAUAGUGUUUUAUUUAUGCGAAGGACGGCCUCAGCCUGUUGUGGUAUUUCAAGUCCACACACUUGCUAUGUUUGCACAGGUCCCUAGGACCCUGCACUGUGCCCUGUGUGUAGGGAAAAUGACUCUUGGGAGUAGCUUAGAGUACUUUUUUUGCAGCAUUAGGUGGUUAAGUAGCACACAGUCUAAAUAGUUAUUUUUUGUUACACCCAAAGUUCUGGAGUCUCCAGCUCCUAUCAGAAUAUUCUUAAGCUUCUCAGCAUUCUAGCCCUUAGCACCUAAACAUUUAGUUUUCCUGGUGGGAGGCAGACCCUGAAGACCAUAAAGAGAUCGUUGAUGCUCAGAGGAGAACUUGGCUUGCCAGAUGGUCGGGUGCAGGGUGGACAGCGCCUCCCAAAGAGGCCCUUUCAACCCACCUUGAAAGGAGCCAAGGUCUUCCUGAGCUCAAAGACUUAGUGAUGAAAAACCACUGCCAACCUCAAGGAAGUUUUUGCCUUUUCAACAGAAAUCAUUACAGUUGGGGUGCUUUGUUCAGGCAAGUGAAUACUAAUGUAGAAUAGAAGAUGAUGUUUUGGGGGAAGAAGCUGGGUGCCCGUACUGCUGCCCAGCACUUGAAGCACCCAGGAAGGGCCCUAGCGGAAGGCAAGGGCCCUACCCUCACAGGCCACAGGAUGCUGACCUUCAAAUACGUACCAUUGAGUUCACGAUAUUAGAGUAAAGGCUGCUUUACUGGGUUUGUUUCAUUUUACAUAGGGCAUUGCUUUUAAGGCUUCCAUCUUUAAAGGGAUAGUCUCACGCAAAAGUAAUAUCUCUAGUAUUAGCACAGUAUUAUUUUAAUCCAAGCUAGUUUCUUGCACAUGUUGAAACUGUACUUCUAGCACAGAAUCAAUCCUAGAACUGCCAGUAGUGAGCUGAGGAAUAAGGAUUUGAGGUGACAUCAGCCUCAGGUGGGGUAUGGUGAUGGGGUGGUGGUUAUGAAGCACAAGGGUCUUCCCCCUGGGUGGGAGGCGGUCACACAGUGGCUCUCGGAUCCUCUCGAGACCUCCCUGUCUCCUCAGCCCCCAGAAAUGGCUACAGCAGAUAGUUUAGGAGCGUGCAUUUUCUUACUAAGUGGGAGAAAUGCAGCAAAGCUUUCAGGAUGAUCUAAUAAACACUGUGAAUCAGAGUAUAGAGAAAGUUGACUUGCAAGUUUAAACCUUUGUCAUCUGCCAGAUGAACUAGCGAUUGUCACAAACUGGUACAGAGGUGACAGCUUUGCAAGCAAAGACUUCUCAUUUGUAAUACAGUCAAGGAUGGGCUGAUUUUAUGUUAGCCAUAAUGGGUGAUGGUAUUUGUGUAAGUGAUUUAUUGGUCAGGGUGACAGCUUGCCAUUCUGAUGGUAAGACAGACUGAUGAUGGGGGAGUCUAUGAUGUGAGUGAGUCCGAGUGGCCUUAGUUUAAUGUCCCUCUCCUGCCUUGUGAUCUGGUAAAUGAGUGUUGAUGUGGACAGGUUAUUAAUAUCAUGACCCACCUCUAUUUGGAAAAAUAAAUCUAUCUUAGGUCUUAAUUCAUAUUUCAAUGUUAGAUCACGAAUCUUCAAGAAGUAGCCUGCCAAGGGUAUUCACCAAGGUGGACUCCUGAGCUGUGUUUGGUUACUUGGUCUGGAUCACCUAGGAGUAGGGCAUGUCCUCCACCCAGUGCUGGUCACCCUACAGCUCCGAGUCCUUUAAAACCAGUCACUCUGGAGACACUAGAAAUCAACUUGCGGUGGGGUGGGGUGGGGUGGACAGAACCAGUAUUUACCAUUGUGGAGACAAAACAGUAUUAAUAGAACGUUUUUCACCCUCCCACUGGUGGUUUCAGUAUUGUUUCAAAUGUAUAUUUAGGAUGGAAUCAUCUAAGAAGCUGAUCUUUCUAAGCUCCGGUUCCCUACAGAGGGAAAUGUCACAAGAAUGUAUAAAAAUAAAAAUCUAAGGAAAAAAACCCUCCAAAUUGUUCCUAGAGAGAGUGUUUUCCUGUAGGUGUUUUUGUAGUUUCUAUUUAAACUCUAAUUAAAACCUGUGUUUACAGCA